AGUCGCAGUCGCAGUUUGGUUAGUAGUCAGUGAGUUACCACCCUGCGACCUGACCGGCAAACCACUGGAAAGUAUGAUACCGAUGGCCUGCAAAUUCAUGGAUUUCUCUUUCCUUUUUUUUUUUUUUUUUUCUAUCAUUAUUAAUUUUAGAUUUCUAAUUUUUUAUUUUUUUUUUUAUUUCCGCCUUCCUACACUGAUGGAUGGGAUUUCUUUUUAUCUUCCCCCCCUUCGAAUUGCAGAUUCCUCAAGCAAGCCAUUCCAGCCUGCGGGAAAGCCAAUGCGGACGUUGGUUCCUGACGAGGAAUGAAACACGCGUAGGUUGGUUCCCUUUCCUUCAUCGUCCCUCUCGUUUCCCGUUUCCUUUUCCCACCAAACCCGGUAGUAGUACCGCUACUACCACUUACCAACUAAUACUACUACUGCUAGUUACCACUAUUACUAUUUACUACUACCACCGCUACUCUCCUGCUAAGAAUACUUUGCGACUCCCAAAACUACAAUACAAUCGAUACCACUCACGACUACUACCUCUACUUGCCCUUCACUCUUUCUAUUCCCUUUUCUCUUCUUCCCCCUCUCCUCUCUUUCCUUCUCUCUCUUUCCCCCCCCCCCCUCCCUUCAAUCAAAUUCAUCUACUCCAUACAUCCCCCUGGAAUUAUAACGCUACCUCGGGCUACACCUCCAUCUUUCCUUCCGUGCAACUCGAUUCAGUUAUCUUCCCGCCAGGCACUGGAACGCCCGCUCGUCAUCCAACUCCAUCCGCUCUCUCCCUGCCAGGUUCAUCUACCACCUACUACUACUUACCUCUACCACUACUCCCUUUGCACAGACAAUCCCCGUCUUAACAUUGGUUCCCUUUUCGCUGCACCCUGUGCAAGGAUUCAUCAUCCGGGUGAUCGGCGGUACUUCUUAAAGUCUUGUCCAUUUCUCUUGAAUUACUUCAUCGCCUUGGGAUAGAGACUGGUUCUAUUCUGCAUUUGCAUUGCGCAUCCUUCCCGCUUCGGCGAUUGUUUUCACUUGGGCCGGCAAGCCUUGACUUGGCUUCUUUAUUAUCAUCUUGAAGUGGCAUUUGCUCGUAUUGAUGCUUCUUUGAUCCUCUCCAAGUUUCACUUGCCCGUAUGAGCC